AUGGGCAACAAUAACAGCAACAUCAGCAUAGCAAACAGCAGCAACAGCAGCAUAGCAAAGAGAUGGAAACAACUCAGCGGCGAAGACCAUUGGAAAGGACUACUAGACCCUCUUGACAUCGACCUACGACGUUACAUAAUCCACUACGGUGAAAUGGCACAAGCAACCUACGAUGCUUUCAACUCAGACAAAAUAUCAAAGUUUGCUGGUUCUUGUAGGUAUGCAAAAAAAGAUUUCUUCCCGAAAGUUUAUCUGGAAAAUGGAAAUCCUUUUAAAUAUUCUGUGACAAAGUAUAUUUAUGCAACUUCCGGAAUCCUUGUUCCGGAAGCUUUCAUUGUGAAGUCUUCUUCUGAGGAUGUUUGGUGUAAGGAAUCAAAUUGGAUUGGGUAUGUUGCUGUGGCUACUGAUGAAGGGAAAGAGGCGUUGGGAAGAAGAGAUAUUGUUGUUGCUUGGAGAGGAACAGUACAGACAUUGGAAUGGGUUAAUGAUCUUAACUUUGUUUUGGUUCCUGCUCCUAAAGUGUUUGGUAUUAACAACGUUGUUGAUUCUAAAGUACAUCAAGGUUGGUACUCAAUUUAUACUUCUGAAGAUCCACAAUCUCCAUUCAAUAAGACCAGUGCCAAAGACCAGGUUUUAACUGAGGUGAAAAGGUUGGUGGAAAAAUACAAGAAUGAAGAAACAAGCAUAACUAUAACUGGACACAGUUUAGGUGCUGCAAUUGCAACCCUAAAUGCACUGGACAUUGUUACAAAUGGUUAUAACAAACCAAGUGACCCAACCAUUAAGGCAUCACCAGUUACAGCUAUAAUAUUUGCAAGUCCAAGAGUUGGUGACAAAAAAUUUCAAAAGGUUUUCUCUAGUUGUAAAGAUCUUUCGAUAUUACGCAUUGGAAAUGAGUUAGAUAUUGUACCAAACUAUCCUUUAGUUUUGUAUUCAGAUGUUGGGGAAGAGUUGAAAAUUGACACAACAAAAUCUAUGUAUUUGAAGAGUUCAGUGAAUCCUUUAAGCAAGCAUAAUUUGGAGAUUUAUUUGCAUGGAGUAGCAGGGACACAAGGGAGUAAAGGAGGAUUCAAACUUGAGGUUAAUCGUGAUAUUGCACUUGUUAAUAAGUCUAGGGAUGCUUUAAAAGAUGAAUACCUUGUACCUGUGUCAUGGAAGGUUGUAGAGAAUAAGGGAAUGGUUCAACAAUUGGAUGGUUCUUGGAAGCUUGUGGAUCAUGAGGAUGAUGCUUAUUUUUAA